AUGACUGAACAUUCGACGGAACGAUCUUCCAACCGAAUGAUCAACCGAACUCUGGAAAUGCUGGAAAAGGCUGGUAGCAAAAAGAACACAUUUGCAAACAAGUACCCCUGGUCGAGUGGCAACUUCAAACGGAAUAAUGCCCCAAUACCUGAACACACAGACUCGAGAGAUUAUAGCACGUCACCGACACCGAAACGAAGGAAAAUGGCAACACCGCAAAGCGCGGAUAAAACCACUGUUCAAGCCAAUUCAAAUUCUUUGGACAAUCUGAAAAUUUCAUUAGUAUUUCCGAAAGAUUCGGAGAGACCUCUUUCUUCAUCGUCGCCGUGUCAGAAAUCUGUUUCCUUUUCUGAUCGAAUAGAAGUAGAAUCGUCAUCUGCUCAAACGAACUCAGCUGCCUCCCCACGACCUUCAUCUACUUCAAAACUACGCUCGAAACCAAUAUUAAAAUUGAAUCGAGUCUCUUUGCAAAAAGGGGAUAUCGUCACUGAACAAAGACUCACUUUCAGUGCUCGAACGACAUUUUCACUUAAUCCAAUGGAACUUGCAUAUUGGAGGAGUGGAGAAAUACAUAACAUGACUGACAUCAAAAAUAUCAACGAAUUAAAAAAUAUCUUCGAAGGUGGGCUAUCGUUACUAGCUGUCUCGGAACCAGAACAUGUCUCCAAAAGAUUCGAAAUUUACGCUACGUUUAAUGCAAUUUUGGAACGGCAAUUUGGCGACAACACCCCAACUGGUAUGGAGGACAAGGUGUGUUCUGUACUAUGUGCUCAUAUGGAAGAAAUAGUCAACGUCUGUUAUCCGCAUCUGAAACUCGAGCAGUCAAGUUUAUUGGAGAAUGUUUCUGUGAAAAACCCAUUUAGCACGCGGCUGUACAUUCAAAUCGUUAGGUUCUUUACACAUCUCCUUUCUAACUUCAAGGUAAUUUGUGCACUUUCCUCUAAACGUAACAUACAAACGUCCAUGAAGCAGGUGUUUGAAAGUAGUUAUGAAGCCUUGAGUAGUCCACACUGCAAUAAACAAAUGAUAACAGCCCAAAUGAUCUUCCUGAGACAAGAAAAGUUUGGUACGUCGUACCUGACAGAAAAUGAGAGAAAUAAACUGGUUAACAUAAUAACAGAGGUGAACGAAAUCGAUAGUUAUAACUUGAAAUACGAAAAGCUACUACUAAUUAAAGCCCUUUUUGGGAAAUACUUGAAACAGAUGUUACAGGAUGUCCCCAAAUGGUUGUGUGGAGAAGUUUUAGCUAGAAUAUUAGUUGAAACACAGACUUACGCUAAUAAAUUGGCAGUGGUCGCACUCGAAAUAUUGUUGGAUCUCCUUAAGCAGUUAUUGGGCGGAAAAGACAGCGUAACAGCUUCAAUAUAUGAAUCCAUGGAAGAGAAACCAGCAAAAGAUGUUUUGUCUCCCAGCAUGAAAAUGAUGUUACAAUCGGUACUACCAGAUACUUAUGACUUUGAGACAAUUACAAUAGGGUCUAUGCUACGUGAUCAUCUUAGGAAUCAGAUAACUGAACAAAAGGCAUAUAAAAUUGGAAUUGAUUUGUGGCUGGCAUUGGUUGGAAUACUUUUCAACUCACCUCGUAAUAUCACAAAACUACUACCAACUGACGACCGAGGGGACAGUUGGCUGUCAUUAAAUGAACUGGCCUUCAAAACCAAUGAUGAAAAAGCCAUGCUCUUGGCACUAAAAAGUUGGAGAGUCGUGAUAUAUCUUGUGUCUGUAAAUAUUACUUCACUAGAGUCUGAUGAGGUUCAGCUACAAUUGCUACAACUACUGCUGACUCCCUUUGACCAACUGCCAAAUGUAUUGGAAAAAGAUUGUGUGAGAGAAGGUUUGUUGUAUUGUCUGAAUGGGGUGGUUUUUUGCAGUGUUUCUAUGAUCAACUCCCUAGGAACACAGAAUGCAAUUUCUUUAUUUUGGGAUAAUUUGUUACAGCCACUAUUCCACAAAUGGAAUUCAGCAGCAUCUUCAAACGAAUUACAAACCAGAACGAUGGAUAUUUUUAUCAAGAUACUCAGAGGAAAGUUUCCAAAAACUUCAACACAAAGGUCCAACUCACCGAAUACAAAACAGCAGCAGCAUAACUUUAGACCAGUCCGUGUAAUAGCAGCACGAGGUAUAGUAAUUUCAGAUAUUCCAAACCUUUCUAACAACUUUAUUCACAUAUGGUACAUGCAAAUGGCAAAAAGUGCAUCUGAUCUUUUGCGUACUAGAUCUUUUGAGGACGAACAUGCGAAAUCUCUUUUUCUAAGUUUGAUAGACACUGUACCAGAGAGUUCUUUAAAUGAUGAAGUGUUUGAUUAUUUUCUGUUGGUCCUUAAACAUUACUUGGAACCAACAUACGAUUACACGUUCAAUCAACUGAGUGUCUUAACUUUAUUUGCAACACAGCUUGUCACAAAAUUUGAGAAACUUUUGCUGGAACCUUCUAACUCCGGCUUAUCAUCAGUAAUUGCACUUUAUGAUUCAAAGACAUUCAUCAAUUAUGAUUUUCCACUUAAGCUAAUGAUAAGCAUGUUAGACUCAAAUGAUUGCGACGCAUCUUUGUUCGCUAUUUUCUCCAAAUUUAUGGACAUGAAAAACAAAAAUUAUCCUGACUACGUGACCAACUGGUUGAGUGUCGCGGUAUUGCCAUCAAAUAUGAAUAGACAUGACAUGAAAUUUUUAAUGAACAUAAUAUCUAAAAACCCUUUGGUAUCAAUUAUCGAAAAUUUACUAACAGUUAUUGCCGACAUUGAUCGAGAGUUUUAUGGAAUGAUCUGCACCUCUGCAUUGACAUGGGAUGACCAUGCUUUACUUUAUUUUAUUAAAGGCGUUUUUACGAGUAACGCUCCAAAUUCCUGUAACUACCUAUCAGGUUGUUUACCAACGAGAAUCAGUAAGUCCCUUUUUUUAUUUAAAGCUAUACUGAAUUCUCCUGAACUUUUUAAGGAGAAUGGAAUCGUUUUAAGAUCAGUUUUAAAGAACCCAUCAUUAAUCCAAAAUUUGAAUGUUGCCGAAGUCACUAAAUUGAGAGAUCUUUCUGAUCAUGAUGCUCCUACAGAUUUUAUGAAGUAUAUCAACGUUGUAUACAAAAAGCAAAUAGCUGGGACAAUGAAUAAUAAACUGUCCCAAUCUGGAACCUCGACUGACAAGAGCAAUUCAGAAUGUUUUAAUGAACCUCAGCUGGAUAAUCAAGGUCAAACUGGAGAAGAUACAUCUGUGGUUGUUUUGGAGAAGUUACAUGAGUGUUGUUCUAAUAACAAGGGAGACGCAUUGACCGAAAUUCUUUCCAAUUUGCUGAGUCAGGAUCAAACUACCAUUAUAUCUAAUUUUUUCUGUUCUUACGCUGCACAAAACAUAGAGGUCAUCAAGCUAAUCUCACCGAAGUUGCUAAGGCAUCUGUGUAAAUUUUAUCCCGACCACUUACACGCCCUAAUACUGCCUGCAAUCAACUAUCUAUUUGGACCUGUUCAAAAGAUAUCCACCCUUACAUCAUUGGCAAUAAUAUUGAUAGAAAAGAAGGAUAUCAACGGCUUGGAUAGAAUUAUUGACCCAUUUUCAAUCUUUCUAUUCAAAGGUCCCAAGAAAUUAUCUUCCGAUAUUAAACAUAAGAUAGCUGGGCUAUUCUUGAAGAUGUUUUUUCUAUUGAAGGAAGAAAGAGGAGUACAUUUGAGUAUUGUUCUCCAUAGGAUCGUUCGUUCUUUACCUCGAAGAAGGCCGGAAUACCUUAAGAAUGUCAUCAACACAAUUUCAACCCAAAAGAACUUGGAAAAUAAGAUACCCGAUAUCAACGAUAUACAGCUGGCAUUAACAAAAUGGAUCAAGUUGGAAGAUUAUUCUUCUUAUUUGCUGAAAUACAGGAGAUAUGCGUAUCUCGAUCAAAUAACAAAUCAGGUUGGCAUAACACAAACUAAUAGGCAACCUCACAGUAAUGGCAUUGUUGGGACCAACAUCGCACAGAUCGAGGUUCCUGAAAUGCAAUCAUUGUCCAAGACUAAAGAUAAUGCUGCGAUAGAAGAAGGUUCAGCGCAACAAGGAGUGGAAACACUGAUUACAGGAACUAAUUCUAUUGGGAUGCAAGAAAACUUUUCACAAGAACCCCUCAAUGAUUCUAUCGAUAGAACUGUUCACUCUCACGAAGGUAAUGGAACUCAAGCUACCUAUCUCGCAAACGCUCUAUCUCGAAUAGAUAAUGAACAAAACCAUUCAACUAAACAGCAUAAUGCAUCUACUUCGAAUUCACUUACUUCCACUCUUUCGGAGGUAACUUCAUAUGGAGGGUUAAUACAAUCUGACACGCAAGAAGUCCGGACCACCUUGAAUAAAGAGUCCAGUAUUGAUGAUGAUAUAGUAGAUCUUUCUCAAAAGUCAUCUCCAGUUGAAGCCGUAGGGACUACUUGUGUACAUUUACCCAAUAACAUACAUGAAAUUGACAUUGACAAAGAGGAGAAUACCACUCCAAAAAAGGAAGCUCAAAUGACAAUAAACACACAGGCAGUAAACGAAUCAAACUCAGCUACUAACCUUGAAGUAAGGUUAUCUGCGUUACCAAUUGAAACUGGGACUCAAAUGAUUGACAAUUCCAACAAAUAUAAGGGCUCAGAAAUGGUAACUGGGUCAGAUCUGAGGGCUGAAGGUAAAGUAUCAAAGACAGACAGAUCUGGCAGUAUCAUUACACGGAACUCCAAUGUUAAUCAUCGGCCUGGACCAGAAAAUUCCUCAGGUCUAUUAACCUUGGCCAUUUAUAAAUCGACCGCAUCACGGGAAGCUCCAAAUACCCAAUUCGCCCCGGAAGUACACUUUGGCCCGAAAAAAGUUGAACCAGUGACUUCCGUCAAGAUGAUCAAACGUGAUCAGGGCUCUAUGGGGGAUAUAGUACAAGAAGAGAAAGAUGUUAAUACUGCUUUUGAACCCUUUCAACAAGAUGCUGCUAUAGCAAAAGUGGCUUUAAAGGAUGAUGAGAUGUCCUGUGAGAUUCAAGUCUCAGAAAAUGAAAAUUGUGCAGACGAUACUAGUUCGAAAGAGGGAACACCAUCUCUGCAUAUCCAUUUCCCAUCCAAAAAGGCGAGAAAGAUAGUUAACCGUUUACGCGACUUCAAGCCGGAUCAACUUGCUGCGUUAUCUGCAGCAGAGAGGAGGAAUCUACGGGUAGAAUUAUUGGAUUUCAUGAUGAAAAUGGAGUAUUUUGAAGCAGAGGAAUAA